UCCUGCCUCACUCUCUCUAUCCUGCCUCACUCUCUCUCUCUCUCCUGCCUCACUCUCUCUCUCUCCUGCCUCAUCUGAUCAUAUGCAUAUUGACUUGCUUUUUUUUGUUCUCAUCCCUCUCUUUGCUUGGUUCUCUCACAACUUUUAAUCUUUCUAUUUCGUCAGUGUCCUUUUCUUUCUGUCUCUCUAUUUCACCCCCUGUCCUUCCUUUUCCUUCUCUCUCUCUCUCUCUCUUUUCUUCUUCUUCUUCUUCUUCUUCUACAUAAACUCUCUCCAGGACUCUUACCUCAGGUCAGAGGGGAUAAGUUGUUUCUACACUGUUGCUGCAGUGCUUUGGAUCCGAAGAAGCCUGGGUUAACACAGCAAACACGUUCCUGAGAAGAGUUCAAGCACUUUGGAAGGAACUUGGUGCUAUCUUGAGCAUUGUUUUGAACAUUUUUCUUUUGCUGAAUGACUGGAAAUAUACUUUUUUUGUAAACUUUUUUUUUGGGGGGGGGGGAGUGGAUAAAAGGUGUAGCUUGAUAAGAUGUUUUAAUUAGCAUCGGCAGGAAGUGCUUUAUCGUGUUUUAUGUUCGUGACCAUACUGGUCCCCUGAGACCAAUGCGCGGAUGUUAUUAAAGCUUCCUCUAUAAAGACUUCAUGCUAGAUAUGCACCAACACUAGUGCCAGAGUUUCUUCUUCAAUGCAAAAGUGUUGAGAGGACAUUUCGUGUCAUUAUUUCGGUGUUCCAGGACUGGUAAUGUUGUUCGUUAAUAUUUUACCCAUAUCGCAAGAGGAUUAUACGGUUGUUCUACACUGUCUCAGGAAUUUUUCUGGGGUUUUUUUUGUCUUACUGAUGUCAUACUAGCUUUUCUGGCUGCCAUUUAUAUACAUUUUUUCGUGAUUUCGACUUUGUCUCAUUUUUUCUUCAGCAUUGCUGGUGCAUUUAUAUUGCAGUAUUUUUCCACGCUAUUCCUGCCCUGUUCCUCAGCUGUUCCUCAGCUCUUCCUGAGCACUUCCUGCACUGUUCCUGAGCUGUUUGUACAUUGUUCCAUUAAUUUGCGAUGAGUGUGCCCAUCCUGAAGAUCGGCAUGGUUCUGAGUACCAUGGCCAUGGUGACUAACUGGAUGUCUCAGACUCUCCCGUCACUGGUGGGACUUAACCAGACCCUGGCACGCCCUGGCACCUCAGAGAGGAUCAUAAGCGCGGUGUACCCUGGACAGGAAGAAGGCUGGCAGGUCUUUGGCUCUGUGUCAGACGUGGAGGGAAAGUGUGUGUGUACUCUCCUUGCCCCCCCACAGAACCUCUGUAAAAAAGAUCCACGACACAAACGCCUUCGCCAGCUAACAGAGCAUGUGCAGAAUGUGUCUCAGUAUUUGGAGGUGCUAGAUUUGCGAACAUCUCGAGAUUUGCAGUAUAUCAGAGAUUCUGAGAAGCAACUCAUCUCUGUGGAAAUAAGAGUGAGAUCAGCCCACAGUAUCCUUCACAGUAUCACUACUGAAGGCCUACAGGAGUUGAAGCAGAGUGUGUUAAAGUGUCUCCCCCUGCUGGCUGUGCUGAGCCAGUUCCGGGCAGAUGUAGCACAGUUGGAGCACCUCCAGCAGGAGGUGGAGAGGCUCCGUUCUGGCCUCUCCCUCCUUCAAGAGCAGAUGGAGGCCUAUGACUACUACCAGCUACAGCACCGGGCCCUGCUCCUGGAGGACAGACUGCAGACCUGCGUCAACACAGUUGGUGGGGGAGUGUGUGUGUGUGUAGGUUGCGGUAAGCUCACAGGUAUCAGUCACCCAGUCACCAUUAGGUCUUUUGGUUCACGAUUUGGCUCUUGGAUGAUGGACAGCAUGAUUCUCAGCUCUGAUAACAGGGUGUGGUCAAUGGAUGGUUAUUACCGAGGCAGGCGUGUGUUGGAAUACAGUUCACUGAGUGACUUCACCAAAGGCCAGAACUUUGUGGUGCACCAGCUCCCUCAUCCAUGGGCAGGUACUGGUCAUGUUGUAUAUAAUGGCUCUCUUUACUACAAUAAACACCAAACAAACAUCAUUGUCCAGUAUAACCUGCACUCACGGACAGUGACCCUGCAGCGUAACCUGGGCCAGGCCGGCUACAACAACACCUUUCCUUACUCCUGGGGUGGCUCCUCCGAUAUCGACCUCAUGGCUGACGAAAGCGGCUUAUGGGCAGUCUAUACCACCAUCCCAAAUGGGGGGAACCUCGUGGUGAGCCGGCUGGACCCCACUACUCUGGAAGUUCUAAAGUCCUGGGACACAGGCUUCCCCAAGCGCAGCGCUGGAGAGGCCUUCCUGAUCUGUGGGACUCUUUAUGUCACCAACUCCCACCUGGCUGGUGCAAAGGUUCAUUUUGCCUACAACACAAACACGUCUGAGUAUGAGUACACAGACGUCCCAUUCCAUAACCUGUAUUCCCACAUAUCCAUGCUGGACUAUAAUCCCAGAGAGAGGGUGCUGUAUACCUGGAAUAAUGGGCACCAGGUGCUCUACAAUGUCACACUUUUCCACAUCAUCAAAAGUUUUGCUGACACCUAAAGCUGACAACAGCAGAAAAAAGAAAGAAAACAGAAUGAGAGACAGAAUGUAUGUGCAGGAGGAUAGGGAGACUGAAGGAGUGAAAGAGAAAUAGAGAGAGAAAGAAAGGAUGACAAACUUUUACAAAUAACAUAACAGGAAAACAAUAGCCACAUUUCCAGUGUUGGACCCAGAGUGGACUCGAUCUUUGAUAAAAUGUUAAAAAAAUAAAUAAAUAAAAUCAUUAGGUUACAAUUUUCAAAGAAAACCAACUGCACUUUUUUAAUCUUGGUUUGAUAUGUCCAAAAUUCAUCCAUGAGAUGUAGAAGGUACUCAUAGUGUACAGUACAGAGAUAAAUCACUAUGCAUUAUAACCUUUGGGCUGAUGACAAGUAACACAACAACCUGGUAACACAGCGUCCUGCUCAGACGUGCAGGCAGAGGUCUGGUUCCAACAACAGAAAAGUGGUUGUUGUGCCCGCAAAAGCCUGAAUGGUGCAUCCAUACUGGUCUCUACUGCAAUAUGUGUUAAAUCAGUGUCUGUUUUGACUGUGUAAAACAUCUGUCAGAUUGUUUUGUUUGCCUGGUAGUGGUUUGAUUUUCAGUCUGCAUGAAAUUUAUUUUUUCUAUAAACACAUAGGAAUAAUUAAAGGUGAAAAGGUCUUAACCAAAGAAUUGUUGUCUGUUGUCUAAUGAGGAUAUGUCUAUAUGUAUGUGUCUAUAUGCCUAUAUAGACACACCCGUUCUAUGGAAACAUUCUACCCCAACACAAAAUAUAGUAAUGAACACACACACAUUACUAGAACCAAUUAAUUUAUUUAUUAGAAACUAUUAUUAUUUACUAUUAUAUAUUCCACCAGUACGGAUAUUUAAGAUGUAAGUGUUUCAGCUCAUAUGCUGACACAACCUUUGUAACCAUGCCAGUACCAUGCGAGUGUGACUGCUGUGUGAAGGUCAGCCACCCAAAUAAUGUCCGGUCAGCAGAAUGGUCCUGUGGUCAGACACUGAGCAGUAAUGAACAGCGUUAGAGGAGGGAACAGAUGGACCAGUUUCUAUUUAUACACUUCUAAAUUGUAACUAUAACACCAGUGUAUAUCUUAAAGUGGACUAAAAGUUAUUGUGCAUGGUAGGUGUUUCUAAUAAUAUGAAUGUAUUUUUGAGCAGAAUAAAGGUUUUCUGUUUGA